GACCCGAACCACUUCAAUUUCCUUUUGGAGUUCGAAGCGCUUGGCGAAAUUUUGCACUCCACCACCUACAAUUUCCCCAAUCUCGCCUUUUAAUCCCGACCCAUUUAUAGUUUGUAAUUAAUUGUUUUCUUUUUUGGUUGUUUUGAGAACACUCCUCAAUUUCGUUGGUGCGAUUUGUUGCUUCUCCUUCGAAUCCUUUGUUGCUCUUUUUAGGGUUUUUGAGGAUGGAAGGUUCUAGAAAGAGGGUUUUGGUCACCUCCAAUGGGGAUGAGAUCUCUAAGGGCGUUGCUUACCAUUUGGCCAAAUCUGGAUCCAGGUUGGUGUUGGUGGGUGAUGAGAACUCCCUUAGGGGAAUGGUUGGGGAAAUCUUGGGUUCUCUACAUGGGAUUGAACCCAUUGAUGUGGUUGGUUUGGAUUUUGAAGAGGAAAAGGAGGCUGCUUUUGAUGAGGCAGUGGAUAAGGCUUGGAUGCUUCUGGGCAAAUUAGAUGCUUUUGUCAACUGUUACUCCUAUGAAGGGAACAUGCAAGAUUGUCUCGAUAUAAGCGAAGAAGAGUAUAAAAAGACGGUGAAAAUUAAUGUAAUGGCACCGUGGUUUCUGCUAAAAGCUGUCGGUAAACGACUCAGAGAUUCUAAAUCAGGAGGAUCCAUCAUCUUUCUAACCCAAAUUAUUGGUGCUGAGAGAGGGUUGUAUCCCGGGGCUGCAGCUUAUGGUUCAAGUUUAGCUGCCAUUCAACAAUUGGUUCGGCUAUCGGCGAUGGAGAUCGGCAAGCAUAAGAUCAGGGUGAACGCGAUAGCUCGCGGGCUGCAUCUGGGAGACAAAUAUCCCCUUCACGUGGGGAAGGAGAAGGCGGAGAAGUCCACGGGCGAGGUGAUGCCGCUCUUGAGGUGGCUCGACCCCAAGAACGACCUCGCCUCCACUGUUCUGUACCUCGUCGGGGACGACUCCCGCUACAUGACCGGCACGACCAUCUUCGUCGACGGGGCUCAGUCCAUCGUGAGGCCCCGCAUGCGGUCCUUCAUGUGAGGGAAAUCGAGUUCCCCUCCAUAUCUUUCGUUUUCCUUUUAUUGUUGCAGUUCUCUUACUACUGCGGAAGCCGCGAAAGGGAAUAAAAAUUGUACAAUGAGGUCUAUAUUGCUGUAUGAACUUCAUCCAAAUCAAAUAGAGUAGAAUAAUGGCAAGGAUUUGUUAUUUCAGGUAUAUCA